AUGGAGAAACUAGUAGAUUUCAAUGAAGAAACUGCCACAAUAAAUGGAAGGAGCACUGCUAUUAUUGUAUUUGCAGCCAUACUCAUUAUGUCCUUGCUCCAUCUACAUGCCAAGGACUUGUCGUCACUUUUAGUUACAAUGUUCCACCACCACUACAACCCCGACGGCACCGUGACAGAGGUGGUGGAAGGAGAGAGAGAGAAGGACGACGACAGCCCGGAAGUCGAAUGCGUGGUGUGCCUCAGCCAAGUAUCUGGCGGCGAGAUGUACCGGAUCCUCCCGGAGUGCCACCACGGCUUCCACGUCCACUGCAUAGAUGCCUGGUUGCAAGCCCAUUCCACAUGUCCUCUAUGUAGAAGUCCGGUCAACACUCUCUCAAGCCACCAUAGAAACAAUGGACAUUUUUAUGAUGGUGUGGUUUCUUGUUUGCUCUCUGCUUUUGAUCAUAUAUGUCAAUGGAUGCAGAGUCCUCUCAACUUUGAGCUUACUUCUGCCCUAUGUGAGAAUUCUAAUUACCUUUGUUGA